AUGUGUCCUGCUGAUGGCUACACCGUGAAACUAAACAUAUACUAUGAAAUUGCAAACUUUGAGGAUUUGUAUGGUGUUAAAAGAGUGCAUAGAAAGAUGGUUUUUGACACUCGGAAAUGGGAAGAAGAAUCUUGUGCACUGUAUUAUUGCAAUGUGUGCGAUUGUGUUGUGAAGGAUUCUAUUAACUUCCUAGACCACAUCAAUGGCAAAAAACAUCAAAGAAAUCUUGGAAUGUCCAUGAGAGUUGAACGAUCCUCUCUGGACCAAGUGAAAAAACGAUUUGAUAUGAAUAAGAAAAAGCUAGAAGAAAAGAAGAAAGACUAUGAUGUAGAACAGAGAAUGCAGGAAUUAAAGGAAGAGGUAAAGAUUUUACAAUUAUUAGUUAGAUUUUAUAAUUUAAGUUAAUAAUGUACUGUAAAU